CGGAUAUAUUUAGUGUGUACAUUAAAUUACCCGGUCACAUAUUUCACAACAAACGGGCACGAUGCUACCGGUAGUUUGGAGAAGUACGCUCUUGACGAAGCGAUUACUGAAUUACAGAAGUUGUUUACCAGCUCACAAACUUUUGUAUUCUACUGAUAAUGUCGAAAAGUACAGGUCUCUACGGAGGGACGUUUUAAUGUCACUGAAUUAUCACCUCGACCACGUGGACAACGAUGUACCGGAGGCUGUGGUCAAACAUCCGGGACUCUCGUAUGGCGUCUACGAUUCUAAUGGUAAACCAAAUAUUUGGAUGAUAAUGAAGAUGAUGGAGUCCGUUAGAUUUUUUGCCCAUCACUAUCCUCUGGACGAUAAUGGACGCACAUUCCGGGACUACGAACAGAUGACAAGGGAUUGUAUGAUAUUCUUAGUCACGUCAGAAGUGGUGUUGAGUAAAGAAAUCUACAAACCCUCCGAGGUCACGCCCUGGCUGAAAACCAGUAUACAAGGGGGCUAUGUAGGAAAGACAUCAUUGAAUUCCAUAACGGAAAUGAGGUCUGAAAAUGGAGGACACGUCUUGGCGUCAAAUAUCAACCAGGUCGUCUGUAUCGACAAACAGAGCAGACGACCCAUGCCAUUCCCGCUGUGGUGGCGGGAAAAGUAUUCAGAAUCUGGAAAAAGUCAUAAACGUUUAAAUUUGGAAAAGUUUGAAAAACCAAAGGAAACCGGCACUUAUUCUACCAAGAUUGCUUGGAGUGAUACGGACAUAAACUUGCACACAAACUGGACAACAUACGCACGAUUUGCUGUGGACGCUGCUCAUCACUGUCAUCAAAAUGGCACGUUAAACAAUUUUGAGGACAAUUUUUCUAACGGUAUCCACAAAGUUCAGAUAUACUUUUAUGGAGAGAGCGUUCAGGCCGACACAUUAACCGUUCAUACAUGGGAGGACCCCGAUAACCAUCGUUUAUUAAUGUUGGAUAUUUACAACAAAGGAACGUCUAUUUGUCAAAUCAAAAUUGUUUUUCAUUAAACCA